AUGCGUGAUUUAGAGAAUAACAAGUUUACAACAAAUAAUUAUACUGAGAAGUCAGAUUCUAUAGACCCUAUAGAACAAGGGGAUAGUGACCUUCAAGUCACGGUUUUAGAUGAGGAAAAAAGUGAAUUUUCAAAUGGAUUAAGAGGAAGAUUUGAUGAAUUUAUCGAUUCUUUCAGAAGAGCAGAAGAUGUUCGUAUUCUUCCCAAUGAAAUGAAUCCAAUAUUGUCACACGAAUCGGUAUUUGAUACCGCUGUGGUAGAAAUUAGUGCCGUUGAUAACCAAAUUAAUGAGAAAUUGAAAAAGACAAUUCAACCACGUCAUGUAAUCAUGAUAACUCUGGGAACUGGUGUCGGCACAGGUUUAUUGGUGGGUAAUGGUACUACCCUAUCUCAUGCUGGCCCUGCAGGCCUGAUAAUUGGGUAUGCUAUCAUGAGUACAUGUAUUUAUUGUGUUAUGCAAGCAGUUGGUGAAAUGGCCGUCAAUUACUUGACAUUAAUUGGAGGUUUCAGUGCUUAUCCUGGGUUUUUAAUUGAUCCUGGCCUGAAUUUUGCCGUUUCUUGGAUAUAUUGUAUUCAAUGGUUCUGUGUUUGUCCUUUAGAACUGGUCACAGCAUCUAUGACUAUUCAGUAUUGGACGACCAAGGUAAAUGCUGAUAUCUUUGUCCUCAUUUUCUAUCUUCUCAUGAUUGGAAUCAACAUCUUUGGUGGCGCUAGAGGUUACGCCGAGGCAGAAUUCUUUUGCAAUGUAUGCAAAAUUUUAAUGAUGACCGGUUUUUUCAUUUUAGGAAUAAUUCUUAUUUGUGGUGGGGCAGGUAAUUCAGGGUUUAUUGGCGCUAGAUAUUGGCAUUCGCCAGGUGCAUUUAGAGGUGACAAUGGCAUAAAUCGUUUCAAAGGAAUUGUCAGCACACUAGUUACUGCUGCGUUCGCAUUUGGUGGUACUGAAUUUUUGGCAAUCACCGCUUCUGAGCAAGCUAAUCCUAGGAAAGCCAUCCCUUCAGCUGCUAAAAAAGUUAUUUACAGAGCCCUCAUCAUUUAUGUGGGCUCGAUUAUCAUUGUUGGUUUUUUAGUUCCUUACAACUCUAGUGAGCUUUUAGGAUCUAGUGGUCCAGCAACCAAGGCAUCACCCUAUGUCAUUGCUGUCGCUUCUCAUGGUAUCCGUGUUGUGCCACACUUUAUUAACGCUGUUAUCCUUAUCUCAGUAUUUUCAGUCGCCGAUUCUGCAUUCUAUUCAAGUUCCCGUUUGCUGUUAACCCUAGCAAGACAAGGUUUUGCUCCGAAAAUCUUUACAUAUGUUGACAAAAGAGGCAGACCAACUCUAGGCUUUGUUGUUGGUGCAAUUAUAGCAAUAAUUUCCUUUUGUGCAUGCUCAUCAAAGGAAGCGGAUGUCUUCAAUUGGCUGCUUUCAAUUUCUGGACUAAGUGAGGUAUUCACCUGGGCAAUAAUUUCAUUGUCACACAUCAGAUUCAGAAGAGCAAUGAAAGUACAGGGCAGAUCCUUAGAUGAAAUUGGUUUCAAAUCACAAGCAGGUGUUUGGGGUUCCGUGUACGCCUUUGUAAUGAUGAUUUUAGUUUUAAUUGGUCAAUUCUGGGUUGGUAUUGUUCCAGUUGGAGAAGACAGUGCUGAUGCCGUAUCAUUUUUCCAAGCUUAUUUGGCUAUGCCAGUUUUUAUUGUUCUUUACUUUGGAUACAAAAUCUGGAACAGAGACUGGAGAUUAUUUAUUAGAGCUAAGAACAUUGAUUUGAUCGCACACAGACACAUAUACGACCCUGAGCUUUUAAGGCAAGAAAGAAAGGAAAUGAGAGAAAGGGCAAGAAAUGCUCCACUAUGGCGCAAAAUAUAUAAUUUUUGGUGUUGA